CAAAACGGAGGAAAGACUCUUCUUCCUCUGUUCCUGGACUUAGGCAUAGUCUUUGCCCUUCUUCUCGACAACGGUGAACGUCGAAGUGAAAAAUUACAGCGAUGAACUUCUCCACGAGGCUCGCUGAGAAACUUCCCGGAAUCUUACCGGUGCCGUCUUCUCCUCUCCUGCGUAAAGGAGUCCACGAGUUAAGAUCCUUUUCGAUUGCUAACCACAGUAAAAGAUUGAGAUGGGGACUGCAGAAGAAGAUGGUCUGGAGUUUGCAGAGAGCAGAACUCUGUGUAGUGAGCAACUUAUGCAUUGUUCAUCCCGCAACUGAAGCCUAUGCACAAGAAGCUAUCGAAGCUAUCAAAUCCGAGAAAGUUAUCGCUGUACCAACCGAUACGCUUUACGGAUUCGCCUGUGACGCUUGUUCUUCAGAAGCGGUUAACCGGAUAUAUGAGAUCAAAGGCCGGAAGCUUACAAGCCCUUUAGCUAUCUGCGUUGGCGAUGUGUUAGAUAUCAAGAGAGUUGCUACCACAAACCACUUACCUCACGGUUUGCUCGACUCGCUCUUGCCCGGUCCAGUCACUCUCGUCCUCCAACGAGGUGAAUCAAGCAUUCUUGAAAAGUCCUUAAACCCGGGGAUCGAUACUAUUGGCGUAAGAGUUCCAGACUGUGAAUUCAUUAGGGAAGUGUCGAGAGGUUCAGGCAGUGUGCUGGCUCUUACGAGUGCUAAUCUAAGCGGUGAUAGGAGCAGCGUCUGCGUAAAUGAUUUCGAGAAUCUUUGGCAGCAUUGUGCUUAUGUCUAUGAUGGUGGUUUGCUUCCAUCGGGUCGUGCAGGAUCAACAAUAGUCGAUCUUACUAAAGUCGGAAAGUAUAAGAUCAUUAGACCUGGAAGCGCGAAGCAAGCAACUAUAGCGAUUCUUGAGAAGUAUUUGCUGGAGGAAGAAGAAGACCGUUGAUAGAAGAAAACUGCUUUUACUCUCUGAUAUGGCUUCUAAGAAGAACUUGAGGUUUUGCUUUGGUUCUUACUCGAUUUUUGGUAUUGGUCUAAGAUAUCAGUUAUGUAUGUGUAGAAGAUUGUAUUUUGACUUUUUGAGCGUAUAUGUUACCUCCAAUUUUCCGUGGCAUGUAUGUGUAGUUUUCAUUUGAAUCUACUAUUGAUCCUAUUGGAAAAAAAAAAAUCGAAGAUAUGAGAUGGUAUUACUAAAAUUCAUGUAAUUUUUUUUUAGAAAUC